CCGAACGUGGUAGCAACGCGACAAAGAAGAAAUAACCGCAGCAAAAGUACAAAUUGAAAAUAAACAAAUUUAAAAAUUAAAAAUCUAAUAAAAUAGUAACUCAAUUAAAAGUGCCUGCAAAAAGUGAUUACCUACACCUAUACUGAUUAGUAGUAGAUGAACUGAGUAAAUUGAAAGCAAAGCGACUAACAGCAGAGACCCUAAAUGGUUAUCAGCAGUCUAGAAGUUUUGCAGCGCCCACUUGCACUUGCACUUGCACGCACACACACACACACACUGGCGCACACGAUCGCACAAUCGCACACCCGCGCGCGCAUUGAAGCGGUGAAUUAAUUGUUGACUUUCAUUUCAUCGAUUGCCAGCAGCAGCAGCAGCAGCACAUCCACUCUGUAAGCUUUGUGCAGAAAACAAUCUUCGCGCCACGUAUAUGUACUCGUAGAUAUCUAUUGAACCCACCCAUUGGACAUUUGUUAGUGAUUUUGCAACGCUUUAAUUGCCAACAAGUGCUAUUGUGAUUUCUGCUAAACAGCACCAAUUUAAAGAAAUAAAUAAUAAAAAAAAAAAAAAUUAUAAAAAAAUUUGGCGCACACAUUUCGCAUUGCGAAAGCAUACCCAUUUUACAGUCGAUAUAAAUACAUAAAAGCACCACCACUUGAAUACAAUUAAAUAUAAAAAUGGAGGAGAAACGUGAUAUUCCCAAAAUCAUUGGCGUCAGCGAUGUCACACACAAACGUAUAUGGCGUGCGCUGAUUGGCGAAUUUUUAGGUACCUUCUUUCUGGUUGCCAUCGGUGUUGGCAGUUGCACUGGCUGGGGAACGUAUACGCCAUCGGUGCCGCAAAUUGCCUUCUGCUUCGGUUUGGUGGUUGCCACAAUGGCGCUG